CCCCUCUGAAACAAGGUGGCCAAGGCCCCCAGUGGCAGAGCCAGUGACGUACUAACGUGCAGCAGCAAUGAAUCACUGAAAGACAAUGCCUCUCUCUGCGCCUGAUGUGUUUGCAAAUGAACAUUCAGCAUGUAGGUACAACACCGGAGCCACCGCUUUAGGAUGCUUAUUGAUUGUGCAGGAAAUUGUGCUGCUUUGUAUCUAAAACAUUAUAUGAAUAUUUAUGGAGCUGCAACAAAGAUUAAAACUUUAUUCUCAACUUCUAAAAAAAAAGAAAAAUUAGAACUCCUACAAAACUCUGCGUUUGUUUCCAAUUAACUCCGUCAAAAUGCCGGCAGGUGUGGCGCCUAUAGGCCAAUUCCUAAAGCGCGCAAGCGGACGCUCGUGCACGCGCGCGCACGCUCACAUAUGACUCAUCUCAUCGAAACUAAAGCACUUUGUCAGAGGCGUCCAUUCACGUUACACCCAUGCAAGUACGCGCAGACUCAUUCUCAGCUUGGAGAGAGGCACUUAUAGUGAGGGUGGCUAUAUAAGUCCAUUCAGCAUCCACCUUUAAAGUAACUAUAUACUUGCAUCUUCAAAGGAGUGAAAGAGGGCGGCUUCUUGCCAACUGUCUGGCAACCUUCACGGCUGUACUGGACUCCCUGCACUGAAGAUUCCAGCUGAUAUCCUGACAUGAAGCUCAAUUUAUUUGGUACCACCGUGAUUCUGCUUGUUGCCUUUUUGCCGCGCUUCGAAUGUCGGGCUAUUGAGAGCCCUGGCGGAACCCUGCGCGUCCCAGCUCCCCAAAACUCCCAACAGCUGCAGCAACAACAGUCUAGUCCCAUCCUGGAGCGCCUUGGAGAGGAGUAUUUUAUUCGACUGGGGAACGGGGACUCUAACUCUUUCCCGGCAUCGUCUCUGUACCCCGUCGGAUCCCCUUCCAUCUUCAACAGAGCGUUGCAGCUCCAGCGUCUCUUACAGGGGAAAGUUGGGAACAUCAGGGCGCUUCUCAGCGGCUUCGGGGAUCGCGGGGAGGAAUCAAUGGAAAGAGGAAGGAGGUCCGAGGAUCCACCGAUAUCCCUGGACCUGACCUUCCACCUGCUUCGGGAGAUGAUGGAGAUGUCCAAGGCGGAACAGCUGGCUCAGCAGGCGCAAAACAACAGAAGAAUGAUGGAGCUCUUUGGUAAAUGAAGACCUCUCCCCAGUUCGCCAAAGAUCUCAGUUCCCUUUUUUUUCUCUUUUUAAUUCUGCAUUUUUAUCAUCAGCACAAAACAUGAUCUGUGCAAUAUAGUGCUGCUUUAUCACUCUAUUAUUUAGAGCUUUAACCUCAAAUUAUGGAGCAUAAACGGGCUUGACUUAGAAUGAGCCGAUUGUACCUUGCCAUUUUCAUGUUGGUGUCAAAUCUGUAGAGUUAUGCCGUUCUUCAUAUUUGAGUCAACACACUUUUUGUUGUGGAAACAUGAAUUUCAUUGAGAAAACUGGUACUUUGUUUUAGAUUAUCAAUCACUGUAUUUAUGAUAUUUAUUGUUUGUUAAUAAACUCAUGUGCAACCAGUCAUUUUCUGUUGUGCAACAGAAAGUCUUAUAUCUAUAUUUUUUAAAUAAAAAACUAAAAGCAA